AUCAACUGGAUAAAAUAUCUCCAAAACUUAUUCGCACCAUCAAAAGUAAAAAUCGUCGAUUCAAUGAAAAUCAUGUACUCCCCCUACCUAGUUUACGGCGUUUUAAAUUUAUUCCACCAAACGGAACAAAGAAUAUUAAAAAAUUUCAUUAUGGUGCGCCUCUUCACUUACAUGGCCCCCGAUAGCAGCAAAUUCAUGCGGGAAGCUUUCGACACUUAUUACCGCAAACAAAAUUACGACGUUUUCCCCCGUUGGGAAUACUGCUUAAGAAAAAUAAUCGGUUAUCCCAAUCGAAUCGAUUACAGCAUGGCUUUAACUUACGAGUACCAAAGGUACCACUUUAACAUAAAUAAAUUAUCGGCUGCCGCUGAUUUAGUCGACGAUUUAAUGGCGGCUUUUGAGGAUAUGCUUGAAGAAGCCGAAUGGAUCGACGCGAAAACGAGGGGGGAAGCUUUGUUGAAGUUGGAGUAUAUGUACACUUUGUUGGGGUAUCCGGAUUACGCGGAAAAUGCGGAGUUGUUGGAUGAGUAUUACGAUGAUUUGAGGGUUUGUACUUGGGAGCAUUUCGGAAAUAGUCAACGAUCCAGGUCGUUUGAGCAAAGCAAAAAUUUUGAGUUGAUUGAGAAAGAACGUAGCAGAGAAGUAUGGAAUCUUUCGCCGUUAGAGGUAAACGCUUUUUAUAAUAGACCCAAUAAUCGCAUUUUGUUCCCGGUAAGCAUGUUGAAUUCGGUUUUCUUCAGCGGAAAUAUAAGGUAAUAACCAUAAACUAACCUCAAAAUUUUUGUUUUCCAUUUUGGGAUAUUUUCCGUAAUCUCGACACAUAUCCUGGUGUAAUACCUAGGUUGAAGUAAAAGUGGCACUUGAACUUAA